UUCCGGCUUUUGUUCGUAUGGAAGAGCUUCAACGUGAAAUAUGCUAAAUUAAAGCACCAGGUCAAGAUACUGAUUUAGCCAUGACAUUCUGUUGAUAAAACGAUCUAAAAAGCAGAAUUUUGCGAGUUUUCUCAGUCGCUUUUCCAUACAUUGGACGCGUACAAUGAAGACUGGCUUGGAUGACAGACAAGUAUCACUAUUUAUUCCCCAGUAGAUUGUCCACCUACCAAAAUUAAAUGUUUUAAACGGUAUAGCUUAGAAAGCACAACAGUCAGUAGCUAAGGAAAGACGGAGCGAUUAAUAGCAAGACCAAUAGUAACUGCCUACUGAGGUUAGUCGGGUCACUAUUUCCGGGCUUGUGACAGCUGGGAGAGUGGAUCGGGACGUGGGUUUGAGGGGGCCGGGGAGCGGAGGAGUGUCCGUUUCCAUACCGGGGGUAGUCGACGACAGUAUGGCUGCGGGUAAAGGAACAGGGAAAGCUUCGCUCCUCCAGAAUGAACGGAUUCGAUUCAUUGUCUGUUUCUUAGGAGUCUUCAUCUGUUAUUUCUACUAUGGCAUCUUGCAAGAGACAAUCACACGAGGGGACUAUGGCCAGGGGGAGAAGAAGGAGAAGUUCCGUUACGCCACGACACUCGUCUUCAUCCAGUGCAUCAUUAAUGCCGUCUUUGCCAGAAUCUUGAUCCAGUUCUUUGAGGGCUCUAAGCAGGACCACACUAAGAGCUGGCUCUAUGCACUGUGUUCGCUGUCUUAUCUCGGAGCCAUGGUGUCCAGCAACUCAGCCCUUCAGUACGUCAACUACCCCACACAGGUGUUGGGUAAAUCAUGUAAACCUAUCCCAGUGAUGAUCCUGGGCGUGACGAUCUUAAGGAAAAAAUAUCCAAUGGCAAAGUACCUGUGCGUCCUCCUCAUCGUCAGCGGAGUGGCGCUCUUCCUCUACAAGCCCAACAAGGCCUCGUCCGCCGGCGGCGAUCACGUUUUCGGCUUCGGGGAGAUGCUGCUGCUGCUUUCCCUGACCCUGGAUGGCCUGACGGGCGUGUCCCAGGACCACAUGAGGGCGCGGUUCCAGACGGGAGCCAAUCACAUGAUGCUCAACGUCAACUUGUGGUCCACGCUGGUCCUGGGCCUGUUGGUCUUGUGGACGGGUGAGGUGUGGGAUUUUUUGAGCUUCACUGAUCGUCAUCCUGGAAUCUUUUACAACAUCAUGCUGUUUGGGCUAACCAGUGCACUGGGUCAGACCUUCAUCUUCAUGACGGUGGUAUACUUCGGCCCACUCACCUGCUCCAUCAUCACCACAACGAGGAAGUUCUUCACCAUCCUGGGUUCCGUCCUGCUCUUCGGGAACGUCAUGAGUGGCAUGCAGUGGGUCGGAACAAUACUCGUUUUCCUGGGUCUUGGACUUGAUGCCAAAUUUGGAAAGGUGCCCAAGAAGACGACACACUGAAGCACAAUGAACUGAAAACAAGUUUGUCUGUAUGUGUGUGUGUGUGUGCGCGCGUGAGUGCCGGUGUGAGUGUGUGUGUCUUGGACUAAUGGACAGUACACAGUAUCCAGAACACAUUGCUCAGAUUUUCUGGACCGUUCAGCCUCAACCACUCCCAUCAGUCUCCUGUCAUACAGAAAAUGUUUAUCGUUUCACAUAUUUUGUGUUAUAUUUUUACAUCUCUGAAUGUAGGACAUCUCAUAUCUGUCAUUCCUAUGUGUAUUGUAACCAUUGCAAAUGUUUUAUUGGCUUAAUAAUGUGUUAGAACUUGGUUAUGUUGUCUGUCAAACCCAGGUAAAAAAAAAAAAGGGAUUGUGAACUGAUUUGAUAAACAGAAGCUGGGAA